GAGCGAUGUGCCACCCUCGACUGCCAUCUGGAGGUGAUCUUACGCAUUACAUGCCCCCUCGGCCGACCCGGAAGUUUUUCUUGUGGCACACGUGUGUGUCUGUGUGUGUGUAUAGUGAGGCGGCAGCGUGUUCCCACCAUGGGUAAGUCCAAACAGAUAGGAAAUCACAAUAAUGGCAAGAAGAAGAAUAUUGCUAAAACGUGGAAGACUAAACGCAGGACGAAGGACCUUGACCAGAUACAUGUUGACAUGAUCCCGACCAAUGCUGUCAAGUUACUAAAGCAAGAGGUGGAUUAUGAUGUCACAGGCUGUGCCCAAAACUACUGCCUCCACUGCGCGAGAUACUUUGUUGAUUUAAAGACCCUGAAGGAGCAUUUCAAAACAAAAGUCCAUAAAAAACGUUUGAAGAAACUGAAAGAAGAGCCAUAUACACAGGCAGAAGCAGAACGGGCAGCAGGAAUGGGUUCCUACAUUCCACCCAAAGCCAUAGAGGUUCACACACAGCAGGUCGAGGAGGAUAUGGACUGAAAGCAUUUGGCUAUGCAUGCCUCACUUUGGACUUUCGAUAACAUUUGGCAAAAUCUAAAAAUCAGUCCGGUUUCUGGUAUAUUCUGUCUUAUGCAGAGGUAAAUACUAAAUGUUGACAUGCACAGUGCAAUGGCUCUGUGAAUUAAGAGCCUGUUUGCUUUUGGAGAAGCCUUGGAACAGUUGCUCCCAGUGUUAUGCACAGAUUCAUUUGUUAAAUGAUGUGAAAUUAUGACAUUCUGGUGCAGAUAAAGUCUGGAGAACAAGCAACAACCUGUAACAGAAAACUUUUCAAUGUUCCACAUUACAUACAAUAAUGUUUAGUUUGCUGUGAGAUCCAAUAAAAUAGUGAUUCCAA